UACUCCUGCUCUGACUGUGGAAAAUGCUUCAAAACAUCAACUGAGCUAAAAGUUCAUCAGAGAACACACACAGGAGAGAAGCCUUAUUACUGCUCUGACUGUGGAAAAUGUUUUAAAACAUACUCUCAGCUAAAGGUUCAUCAGAGAACACACACAGGAGAGAAGCCUUUCUUCUGCUCUGACUGUGGAAUUAGUUUCUCUCAACUUUCCAACUUAAAAUCACAUGAACGUAUACAUACAGGGGAGAAGCCAUACUCCUGCUCUGACUGUGGGAAAUGUUUUAAAACAUUAUAUGAGCUAAAAGUUCAUCAGAGAACACACACAGGAGAGAAGCCUUUCUUCUGCUCUGACUGUGGGGUGAGUUUCUCUCAUCUGGGCACCUUAAAAACACACCAACUUAUACACACCGGAGAGAAGGCUUACGUCUGCUCUGACUGUGGAAAACGCUUCAAAACAUCAACUGAGCUAAAAGUUCAUCAGAAGACUCACACAGGAGAGAAGCCUUACGUCUGCUCUGACUGUGGAAAAUGCUUCAAAACAUCAACUGAGCUAAAAGUUCAUCAGAGAACACACAGAGGAGAGAAGCCGUAUUACUGCUCUGACUGUGGAACUAGCUUCUCAAAAUUUUCCCACUUAAAAACACAUGAACGUAUACAUACAGGAGACAAGCCUUUCUUCUGCUCUGACUGUGGGGCGAGUUUCUCUCGUCUGGGAACCUUAAAAACACACCAACUUAUACACACAGGAGCGAAGCCUUAUUCCUGCUCUGACUGUGGAAAAUGUUUUAAAAAAUCAAAUGAACUAAAAGUUCAUCAGAGAACACACACAGGAGAGAAGCCUUUCUUCUGCGCUGACUGUGGAACUUGUUUCUCUCAACUUUCCCACUUAAAGUCACAUGAACGUAUACAUACAGGGGAGAAGCCAUUCUCCUGCUCUGACUGUGGAAAAUGCUUCACAACAUCAACUCAUCUAAAAGUUCAUCAGAGAACACACACAGGAGAGAAACCUUAUUACUGCUCUGACUGUGGAAAAAAAUUUAAAACAUCAAAUGAGCUGAAAAUUCAUCAGAGGACUCACACAGGAGAGAAGCCUUUCUUCUGCUCUGACUGUGGGGCAAGUUUCUCUCAUCUGGGCACCUUAAAAACACACCAACUUAUACACACCGGAGAGAAGCCUUACGUCUGCUCUGACUGUGGAAAACGUUUUAAAACAUCAACUCAGCUAAAAGUUCAUCAGAUGACUCACACAGGAGAGAAGCCUUACGUCUGCUCUGACUGUGGAAAAUGCUUCAAAACAUCCACUGAGCUAAAAGUUCAUCAGAGAACACACACAGGAGAGAAGCCGUAUUACUGCUCUGACUGUGGAACUAGUUUCUCAAAAUUUUCCCACUUAAAAACACAUGAACGUAUACAUACAGGAGAGAAGCCAUACUCCUGCUCUGACUGUGGGGCGAGUUUCUCUCGUCUGGGCACCUUAAAAACACACCAACGUAUACACACAGGAGAGAAGCCUUACGUCUGCUCUGACUGUGGAAAACGUUUUAAAACAUCAACUCAGCUAAAAGUUCAUCAGAGAACACACACAGGAGAGAAGCCUUUCUUAUGCCCUGACUGUGGAACUAGUUUCUCUCAACUUUUCAACUUAAAAUCACAUGAACGUAUACAUACAGGGGAGAAGCCAUACUCCUGCUCUGACCUUGGAAAAUGUUUUAAAACAUCAAAUGAGCUAAAAGUUCACCAGAGAACACAUACAGUAGAAAAGCCCUUCCUCCUGUUCUGACUGUGGGUGAGUUUCUCUCGACUGGAUACCUUAAAAAGACCAACAUAUACAUGAAGGAGAGAAGCCAUACUCCUCCUCUGCCUGUGUAAAAUGCUUCAAAACAGCAACUGAGCUAAAAGUUGAUCAGAGAACACGCGCAUGAGAGAAGCCUGCUUACGUCUUCUCUGACUUUUGGGUGAGUUUCUCUCACCAUAGCAACUUAACACACCAAUGUAUACACACAGGGGAGAAGCCUUACUCCUGCUCUGUGGAGGGGUGCGCAUGUAAGUCAAACAUCUAGCCAAAGGCUGCGUGUUUGAAUCUCAUCAAGGAGGACUUUAGCAUUUUAGCUAAUUAGCAACUUUGCAACUUCUUACUACUUUUUAGCUAUGUUAGCAUGUUA